UUUUCUCUGAAACUGCCCCACCUUAAAUGCUGUUAAAUGCUUGAAACAGAAACUAAAUGUUGCACUUCAUUUUGCACAUUCCAAGAUGGAUGCAAUAUUCAACUUGCUUCAGCAGCAGAGACUGGAGUCGUAUUACUUAAAAUUUCUUGAGUUUGGUGUGAAAGAUGAAAGAGAUUUCCUGGACGGUGUAACAGAUGAAGAUUUGAACACCAUAGGAUUAAGCCAGGUGGAAAAGAAUCGUUUUUCUACCAUGAGAGACGCCAUCCGCAGACUCAGAGCUCCAACACUCUCAGCUGCAAUGUUUGUGAAAAAAUCAAUGAAGUCCUUCUCUCUGCAGUACACAUACCCCAAAUGUCCUGAACCCAAAUACAUCAAAGAUAUGGAUCCUGCUCAAAACACAGUCGAAGAUCUGAUGUUGCGGAUCUGUCACAUUGAAAGUGUUGGUCCAUCCAAAGGCGUAUGUCUCUACACGGUAGAUGGAAUGCCAUUGACAGAUGAUCCAUUCUUCAACACAUGGUCUUUAGAAGACAGACAUAUUGCAAAUGGAGACAUGAUCUAUGCCAUAUUCACACCAAAGGAGAACCUGAGAAACGCUCCUCAAAUGAAACGAGAGGUUCUUGAAACCUAUGGAACUGAUACAGUUCGAUGCCACAUCAUGCUCAAGGGAGACUUCGAGGUGACAGUGAAUUUGGCAGAAGACACAAUAUCUAAUCUGAAGAACAAACUUGCAAAUGAAAGUGGAUUCCCAGGACAAGUUCUUCAUUACAGAGGUGAACAUGGCAGUGGCAACACAUUGGAAAGUUGUGGAAUCUCAUGCGAGUCAACAGUAUACUUCUCACUGUCCACGUUUACUGAGGAGGUUCCAGACCACCAAGAAUUCUUCAAAGAUGACAUUGAGCCCACAGUGCAACAAACCACCAAAGGACGCAGUGUCUUUUUGUCUUCACUUUAUAUCACUAAAAACAAGGCUUCAGGAAUCUUAUGCAAGAAUCUGAUUGGCUACAUACGGAAACUGACUGGAUGUAAUGCUCUGGCCCAGAGCUUGUAUCAGUUAUUCUUGAAGAAUGAGACCCUAUCCACAAAUCAGAAGAUCGCAGUCAUUGAAGGCUUGUACAUGCUAUUCAGGGAGCUCUUGCCACAGCAUGGAACAAAUCAAGGAGAAAAGAUCAUUGAGGACCUUGAUGUCUUUGAGUAUUCAACAUACUGCUGGGCAUUUCUCAUGUCAGAAGCAAAGAAUGAGACAUCAGAACAUGAGAACUACGCACCAUUUUCUCUGACAUCUGAAGAAGCCAAACGUUUCUGUGAUCCAGUCACUAUACCUGGAGUACCAGGUGUCUUUGAAAGAGCAUCGGUACUUGAAAAAAUCAAAAAUGGUGAAGCAAUCCCAAACUGCACUGCACAGGUUUUGCGGGAAACAUCACUCAGCAGAGCCACUGCCAUUGAGAAAAUUUUACUCAGCGUUCAUCCAUCAAUUAAAACAUAUCAUCUUUGGAUCUCUCAUGAUAGUGUGACUGGUCAGAACUUUCACUUGAACGCUAUGAAAAGUUUGGGGGACAUAGCAGAACAAAUAAAAGCUGUCCCUUAUCUCAAUGUGACUCCACCACUGCUUUUGAAGAACGUCGGUCUUGAUGACCAACACCUUGUUUUCCUGAGUGAAGAGAAUCUUGGUAUCUACUUGAGUAAAGACAAGGCAUCCCCUGCAAAGAUCAAGGUGUAUGAUUGUCUGGCUGGCAAAGAAAAAAAUAUGAAUGUGGAUGAAUUAGCAGCAAGAACUGGUGAUCACAGGGAUACCUAUUCAUUUGUUACAACCAGGACUCCAAAAGAAGCCAUAAUGGUGCUGAUAGACACAAGCUCAUCCAUGACAGAGAAUUGCUAUGGAAGUGUGGAAAUACAGAAAAUCCAUGCUGUUAAACAGCUUUUUGAUAACUUUGCAACACGUACCAUGUCUUAUGACUUUCAUCACGUCAUUGGCCUUGUGAAGUUUGACUCUACAGUGAAAACUCUCCACACGUUCACAGAGACGCUUGAAAAGUUCAAGGAACAUGUACACACCCUUCAAGCAACAGGAACAACUAAACUGUAUGAUGCCCUACAGCAUGGAAUGCUUGAGAUGGAAAAAGUCAAGAAGUUUCCAGACUGUAAACUUCGCAUUCUUUGUCUCACAGAUGGAAACGAUGUUGGAUCCUCAAACCUGCCAGAAGUUGUAACUUCCAACCUGAUCAAAGCUAACAUCAUCGUGGAUUCAAUCCUACUUGGAAAAGUGGUGAACAAUAUUCUGUGCGGAAUCAGCAAUGCAACUGGGGGCUGCUGUUUCAAACCAGAGACAAGCAAAGAUGGCCUGAAGCUUUUUGAGACUGAGACUGUUCUCUCUUUGGAGAUGAGGAAACCCAAGAACAAAGCUGACCCAUCAUUCAUCACUGGAAGGUUUCUCUCUGCUGCUCAUGUUUAUGAUGAAUUUCCAGAGGCUGUCUUGCCAAGCCAGAUGAACAGUAAAGUGACAAUGACACAGAGUGCUCUGAAAAAGAAGAUCCGGGACGCCAAAGUUAGGCCAUUGAUGGAAAAGGACAAACGUAUCCUGGAGGAGCUGAGGAGCCUGCACUGUGACCCACAUCCCUACUUUACUAUUUUUCCAUCAGAGUCUGACUUCACAUUCUGGAAGAUUCUCAUGGAAGGACCUCCAGACACACCUUAUGAGAAAGGAGUCUUUGAGUUGUUCUGCCAGUUUGGUCCUGACUACCCAGUGAAACCUCCACUUGUUCGCUUUGUCACACAAGUGUACCACUGUAAUAUUAACAAUGUGGGGCGCAUCUGCCACAACAUCUUUGACCGGAACUACAAUGCCCAAAUCACCAUGAAAGAUAUCCUCAAUGCUGUAUAUGGACUGCUUAUCAUCCCUGAGCCUGAAGAUCCAUUGGACAGCAUUCUGGCCGAGGAAUUCCUGACCAGCCGUGGGAAGUAUGAACAGGAGGCCAAAAAACAUACAGAGGAAACUGCAGCACGAUCACUGAAUGAUAUGGAGAAGGCUUUGGUGGAUCCUGGAGAACAGUUUGUACCGUCACAUCUGAUCUGUCCACUUACCAACGAAAUGUUUGUUGAUCCAGUGGAAACAAAGUACGGAAGAGUGUAUGAACGAAAGACCAUUGAAAAACACCUCAAAUUGCACAAACAUGAUCCAAAGGGUGGUCCAACAGAACCGCUGACUGAAGGUGAUCUCAAAACAGCCAAUGAAAUGAAGAAAAUGGUGAUUGAUUACCGCUCUAAACAAAUUAAGGAAUAGUCGUGGGAACAAGUUAGAGCUACAACUGAUGCAUCAGUUUCACACACAGUGAAUACAGUAUGUCACUGUAGUAGUAGUUGGCUAUUGCACUGAACGGAAUUUGUUCAGCUAUCACAUAAUCACGUUUGUGCAUUGAGAUAUGUUAUAUUUGCGAUUAUUUCUUUAAAUGUUUUACUAUUAAAUGAUACAUACUUGGAGUUCUAUGCAAUAAUAGAAUAGUUAUGACUAAUUCAUACAACUUUUUUCUAGUUGAUUAUUUUUCUAAUUCAUUUGAAUGAUUGAUGCAGAACAUUUGCACUAAACCUGUUCUGCAAGUGCACUUCCUCCAAACUAUCACAUUAAAUAAGCUUUAAUAUUUUAAUAUUAACAUUUUAAUAUUAAUAUUAGUACUUUAUUAAACAAACAGCAAUUAAUUGUCUUCUGGUGCUGUCAGAGAAACAGCAAUAAACAGGCCUGUAACUGAUCAUUUAUCAUUGAUAAGCACAAAAUGAUUUUUGUUUAUUUUUAUCUGUAAUUGUUGAGUCAUACUGUAGACUCUAUAUCAAUGUAUCUGUAAUGUAUAUGAUAGCUAAAUUACUUAUUGAUCCUUUAAGAUGGUGAGCUUUACAUGGGACAUGGAUAUUUUUACAGCUAGAAGCCCUGCAGUAAAAAAUCAAACAUUAUUUUCAUAUUAUGCAUCAACACGGGCACAAAUUGUCUGCUCUUACCAUUUCCUGUUAAUUUGAGUUUUAAUUAGGUGUUUAAUGGUGUUGUCUUCUGAAUGUGAAACUGAUAAAACAGAGUUAAAAAACAGCGAGCUUCAUUGUUGCUUAACAUUUGCGAAUCACAUUUACUUUGCAAAAUAAAAGUACAUGAGAAAAGUUGAAAA